GCACAUUUUAUUUCAUAGCAGAUCAAAAUUAUCACGAUUGCUACUCGCAUUCCCACCUUAUCGCAAUUUACUUUACACGUCUAUUACAAUGUUACCUCAGGAAGGGGGGUUAGACCCUGAUCUGUUAUUACAAGAUGAGGGCCAACUUAUUAAGGGACUUACGUGGACGCAGCGAAUACAAGGCUUCCUCAUUUUUGUGUCUCUGGGGUUUUUCGCCAACAUGAUGGGGUAUCUGGCCCUGGGAAUGGGAGUUUACUGGAAGUACACGGUUCUUACCACUAUGGGUAGUAUCAUAUCCACUUUUAGCACGAUGAUUUUGAUGGGUCCAAUGACCCAGCUGCAAUCCAUGAUGGACGAGCGACGGAGAGGAGCCACCUUAUUGUAUUUUGGAACGUUAAUUAUGUCUUUAAUCCUGGCCUUUAGUUUCAAAUCGUUAAUUCUCUGCGCACUUUGUGGGUUUUUACAAUAUCUGGCGCUUUUUUGGUAUUCAUUAUCUUAUAUACCUUACGGCCAAAAUGCAUUGUUGGUGUUGAUUUUUGGUGAAUGAGAGUCUGUAAAGACGAUUUCUCUUUGAUAGCUCGACUAAUAUCCUAGUUACCCAUUGAUUACAAUUCUUCCUUCUUUAUCACAUCGACUUCUAGUUCCUAAA